ACCGCAGUAUCGCCAAACGUUCAUAAAACGUUUAGACGUAACACCUUAUAGUGUAACUUCUCUCCUUAUUUUAGUCUUUAGACCAUACAAAAUCCUCAAUUUUCUUUGUUUUAAGUUGUUUAAGUGUCAAGUGUAACAUAUGAUGUUUAUAUAAUGCAAAGUGCCGCAUCAGUAUACGCAUUCUGAAGCAAUUACGUAAUGGGAAUUAUGCUAGAGAAGUUUAAAGUUUUGCCCUGAAAUUCAACAUGGCCGCUGACACAGGAAUGGAUACUUGCCCUAGUCCGGAAAUCACGGACUCAAGGAAACGACCCCUUGACGGCGAUUCAGAAAAUGGUGAUAUCAAGAGAUCGCACUUCAGCUCCGUGCAAGACUUGGUGACGGCCUUGCCACUGGCCAACGGCCAUGGCAAUAUUACGUCUCAUUUCGCGGUGGAGCCCACAUACCACUUCAAGGUGCUCGUGCCCUCAAUGGUGGCUGGUGCCAUCAUCGGCAAAGGUGGCGAGACCAUUGCUCAACUACAGAAGGAGACCGGGGCAAGAGUCAAGAUGUCCAAGUCUCACGACUUCUAUCCGGGUACUACUGAGCGGGCGUGCCUCAUCACCGGCUCCGUGGAAGGAAUCAUGGUGGUGCUGGACUUCAUCAUGGAGAAGAUCAAGGAGAAGCCCGAGCUAGUGAAGCCGUUCCCCGAGGGGGUCGACACUAAAAUGCCCCAAGACAGAGACAAACAGGUGAAGAUACUGGUGCCGAAUUCAACCGCUGGUAUGAUAAUCGGCAAGGGUGGUAACUACAUCAAGCAGAUCAAGGAGCAGAGCGGAAGCUACGUACAGAUCUCGCAGAAGGCCAAGGAGCUGUCGCUGCAGGAGCGGUGCAUCACAGUUGUGGGUGACAAGGAGAACAACAAGAAGGCCUGCGUGAUGAUCCUGCAGAAGGUGGUCGACGACCCGCAGUCGGGGUCGUGUCCGAACGUGUCGUACGCGGACGUGGCCGGCCCCGUCGCCAACUACAACCCCACCGGCUCCCCGUACGCGGUGCCCACCACCGAGGUGACAGAGGGUCACGCGCUGGGCGGGUCGGUGGGCUCGGUGGGCUCGGUGCUGGUGAACGGCGCGGCGGCGGCGGCGGCCGGGCUCGCCGCGCUCUCACUCACGCUCUCGCUGGCCCCGCCCGGCGCCCAGCAGCCCGCGCCCAUCACGCAGCACAUGCUCGACCACAUCAAGGUGGCUCUGCGGCAGUCGGGCUACUCGGAGGCGGGCAUCAACGAGAUCAGCACGGCGCUGGCGCUGCUGGUGAAGCACGGCGUGCUCGGACUAGCGCUGCCCGCGGCGCUGCCCGCCACGCCGCUGUCGGCCGCCUACUUCCCGCUGCCGGCGCAGGACCCGCCCGCAGUCUUCGGGCCCAUCGGACAAGUCGGCCUCGACGGCAGCGCACACCAGCGGGGAUUAUAUGGCGCGGCGGGCGGGCGCGGCGGCUCGUUAGAGCGUUUCGCGGAGGUUGCAUUCGAGGCGCUUCGCCCCCCAGCCGUGGCGCCCAUCUCGCUGUCGGCCGGCGUGGGCGGCGUGGGCGGCGUGGGCGCGGUGGGCGCGGUGGGCGGCGUGGGCGGCUUCCCGUCCGCCUCGCUGCUGCCGCUCUCCAAGAGCCCCACGCCCGCCGACGCCGGCGCCAAGGACUCCAAGAACGUCGAGAUUGCGGAGGUCAUCGUCGGCGCCAUACUCGGCCCCGGCGGGCGCAGUCUGGUAGAGAUCCAGCAGAUGUCCGGCGCCAACAUCCAGAUCUCUAAGAAGGGCACGUUCGCGCCGGGCACGCGCAACCGCAUCGUGACCAUCACGGGCACCCCGACCGCCAUCAGCAGCGCGCAGUACCUCAUCGAGCAGAAGAUCCAGGAGGAGGAGCUGAAGCGCACCCGCCACAACGCCAUCUCCGGCCUGAUGCAGUAACGCUGCCGCGUGACGCCGCGCUCUAGCGUAGUAUGUAGUUCUAGUCACGCCGCCCACGCACGCGGAGCGAGAGGAGUGGCGCGAGUUACCUGACUCUAGUUAAGGAAAGUUUUACUUUGUUUUGGUUACGCCGAACGUUACGCAGCUCUCGGGACGGGCCGGCGGCGACUCGCGGCCGGUCAGCGGUCACCGGCCGUCUCAAGGGC